AUGGCUGAGACGCAAUUCCAAAUGAUUUCUGACCUCCACCUGGAAUCCCCAGCUGCAUACGAUAUUUUCCAAGUCAAACCCCGAGCGCCAUAUCUGGCAUUGAUCGGCGACAUUGGCUACGUCAAGGACGAGGGCUUCUUUCAUUUUAUUCGCAAGCAAAUAGAAGCCUUCCGCAUCGUAUUCCUUGUUCUUGGCAAUCACGAACCAUAUCACAGCAAUUGGGCUCAAACAAAGUUACGUGUGAAAAUAUUUGAGUCCCAACUCAACGAGUCUUUCAAACGAGGCGAAACGUCGGGCCAGUUUGUUUUCCUCGAUCAGACACGCUAUGACCUUUCACCGACACUGAGCAUCCUCGGCUGCACCCUAUUUUCCCAAAUAGCCCAAACGCAGAUGGAAGGCGUCAGUUAUGGCUUGAACGACUUCUAUCAUAUUAGUGAUUGGUCAGUUGAAGCACACCAAGAAGCACACCAAACUGACCUUGAAUGGCUCAAUCGUGAAGUAAAGUCUAUUUCGCGCUUGGAACCUAGUCGCAAAAUCGUUGUGCUCACCCAUUAUUGUCCCCUAAUCAGCGAAAACGUCGUCGAUCCGAAGCAUAGACAUAGCAAAAUCUCCUCUGGUUUUAUGUCUGAUCUGUCAGGCGAAUCCUGCUGGAAACAGGAGGUUGUCAAGAUAUGGGCUUUUGGUCAUACCCAUUUCAACUGUGACUUCCGAGACGCAGAGACCGGGAAAAGGGUGGUUUCAAACCAAAGAGGAUACUAUUUUUCUCAGACAGAGGGGUUCGACACUGCCAAAAUCGUUGAAAUAUGA